AUGGUUGUCAACCAUCUGGGCAAGCUGUUUGUGACGUCGGACACGUCGUCGAUUCUGCAGGAGAUUGAUGUGCAGCACCCUGCGGCCAAGAUGAUCAUGCAGGCAAUGUUCAUGCAGGAGGCCGAGUGCGGUGACGGGACCAACUACGUCAUUGUGUUUGCGGGCGAGCUGCUGGCCAAGGCCGAGCUGCUGCUGAAGAUGGGCGUGCACACGGUCGACGUGGUGCUCGGGUUCAACAUGGCGCUGGCCAAGGCGCUGGAGCUCAUUCCGGAGCUUGUGGUCGACUUCCCGGUGGACCUCCACUCGGCGGACUCGAUCAAGGCUGCGAUUCUUCCUGUCAUUGCUGCCAAGCAGUACGGGUACGAGGAGCACUUUGCUGGCGUGAUUGCCGAGGCGUGCGCGGCGGCGAUGCCUGAGGACCCGGCGCAGUUCAACGUGGACACCAUCCGCGUGGCCAAGAUGGUGGGCGGCUCGACGCUCGACACUGCGGUGGUCCGCGGCAUGGUUGUGGGCCGGCGGCCGGAGUCGACGGUGCAGAGCGUGCAGAACGCGCGGGUUGCGGUCUUUGCGCAGGCCAUUGCGGCGCAGACGACCGAGACCAAGGGUACGGUCCUCAUGCACAACGCCGACGAGCUGCUCGGCUUCUCCAAGGCCGAGGAGGCGCAGAUGGAGCGGACGAUCAAGGGCAUCGCCGAUUCUGGUGCCAACGUCGUCCUCACCGGCGGCAAGGUCUCGGACAUUGCGCUCCACUUCCUCGACAAGUACAACCUGCUUGUGGUCAAGGUCCUGUCCAAGUUCCAGCUCCGCCGGCUGUGCAAGGCCGUCGGCGCCCGCCCGCUGGUCAACCUCGGCGUCCCCACCCCGGACGACCUCGGCUUCUGCGCCGACAUCCACGUCGAGGAGGUGGGCUCUACCUACGUCACGGUGUUUGCGACGGAGGACUCGGCCAUCUCGACCAUCCUCAUCCGCGGCUCGACCAUGAACCUGCUCGACGACGUCUCGCGUGCCGUCGACGAUGGUGUCAACGCCGUCAAGUCGAUGACCAAGGACCCGCGCUUUGUCCCGGGCGCCGGCGCCUUUGAGAUCGGCCUUGCCGCCCGCAUUGCUGAGUACGCCGACUCGCACCCGGGCGUCGAGCAGUAUGCCAUCCAACUCGGGCCACGACGCCACCGGCGCGUCGCCUCGCUCUACUCGGCCCAGAAGGCCGGCAAGGUCGCCGGUGUCGACCUCGACUCGGAGGAGGUCAUGGACCCGGUCGCGAACGGUGUCGUCGACCUUGCCGUCAACAAGCUCUGGGCUCUCAAGCUCUCCGUCGACGUCGCCACCACCAUUGUCUCGGUCGACGAGGUCGUCAUGAGCCGCCAGGCCGGUGGCCCCAAGCCGCCGCAGAUGGGCGCCCGUGACGCCUAA